AGCAGUUUUUAAUCGUAUCGAAAAGACUGCAAGACCAAACAAUCUAGAGAAGAAAAGCAUCGUUUCAAUAGAACUGUCCAGCAUAAAGUGCAAGUGGUGCAGAGAAGAGAAGGAAUAGAAUAGUAAUGGCGUUGAACUCCACAGCCGUUGCCGCGGCAGCAAAUCACACUCUGCAGGCCGGCGGCGCGGGGUUCAUUCAACAUCAACUGGAAAGCAGCUUUCAAAUGGUUGCCAACUUCGUUGCUGGCGUCUUUGACCUUGUAGAGCAGCGAGUUCCCGUCUUUUUCCUCUGCGCUUUGCUGAUCCUCGUGCCGCUCCUCGCAGGUACCUUUCGCGCUCUCACGCCGUUUGUGGAGAGCAUGUGGAUGGCCUGCACCUCCGUCGGCGGCACAGCGGGUGGUCUCCCGUACAUUCAUCGCAACAUCGAGGUCCGCCUGCCGCCGCUUUAUUUCGUGCGGGUGCCCAACCACAACGUGUUUUUGCAGAACGCCGUUCUGGUCUACGUGUGCCAUCACCUCUGGCGCGAGCACCCGCUGCCGGCGCAGCUGUUAAAGUGCAAGAAGACUGCAGUAGAUUUGAUGGACCCGUACCGAAGCUGGCGGUGCAACGUGCCUGAUUACUCACCUUUUCAAGCCGGUGCCCCGUUGGCCCCACACCACGAUGACGAGCAGAAGUUGAAGCUAAGUGAGCUGGACCGAUUGCGCGUGGUGCGGGUGCCAAUGGACGGGUGGGUGCCGGUCCUGGAAGACAAUAUUGAGCUAUCUUUCCACGAAGAGUCGUACACCCUCGUUGAUUACAGUAAACCGUGGACAAGACGCAGACUGACGCUCCGCUGUCGAGCCACACCAGGGGCCGCCGCUCGCCUUGACGCGUUUGUGAAGCGUGCGCUGGAGCUGUACGCGGAGAACGCCCCUUCGAAGGAGGAGGACGAUGCACGGUGGUUUUACUCGUACUGCGGGGAGGCGGAGGGUAAAGUGUUCUUUCAACAGUACGUUCUGCGCAGCAACAAGGGCUUCGACACGCUGUUCUUUCCGCGGCGCGACGCGACGCUGACGCUGAUUGACCAGUUUGUGCAGCGCCGCGGGCGGUUCGCGGUGGAGGGCUUCCCGCAGAAGCUGGGGUUCCUGCUGUACGGCCCUGCUGGGACGGGACGGCACACGUUCGUGAAGGCGCUGGCUGCGUACACGGGGCGGCACAUCGUGUCGGUGCCGCUGCCCAAGCUGCGGACAAACCAGCAGCUGUACGACAUCUUCUUUGUGCGCGACUUCCGCGCGGAGGAGAACGGGAGCGCGCAGCGGCUGCGGAUGGAGGAUGUGAUCUUCCUGUUCGACGACGUGGACGCGUCGGAGCCUGUGGUGUGCGCGCGUGCUGCGCGGCGCGUUGUGCAGCGUCGUGCGGCUGCGCGGCUGACGGCGCGUGAGGGCGAUGGCGACGGCGACGGCGGUGCGCUGACGAACUGCGUGAUUGAAAUGGACACGUCGUCGUCGCGGCCCGUGCUGCGAGCGGAGGAGAGCGCGCUGCCGCUUGCGAUGCUGAUGGACCUGGUGCUGGGCGGCGUGGCCGCUGCUGGCGGGAGUGGCGCUGGGGCGGGUGGUGAUGCGGGGAGCACGAAGGAGGAGGGCGCUGGCGGUGCGAGCGACGGCGGCCACGGGAAGCGGAAGAAGGGGAAGCGUGACGCCGGCGCGGGUGGUGCGAAGGGCGGCGACGCGGUGGGCCCGGACGCGCUCGGCGGGCACUUGUUCGGGAUGAAUGACAUGCUGUCCGGUGAGCACAAGGACAAGCUGGACCUUGCGGGGCUGCUGAACGUGCUGGACGGCGUGGUGGACGCCCCUGGGCGGAUGGUGGUGAUGAUCACGGAGCACCCGGAGUGGCUGGACCCUGCCCUGAUCCGUCCCGGGCGGUUCAGCGCGCGGCUGCGGUUCGACUACAUCGAGAUGGCUGCGCUGGUGAGCAUGCUUGGGCUGUACUACGGGGACGUGGUGCACGCUGCGUGCGGCGUGGGCGACGCGGUGGCUGCGGAGGAGGCGCGUGCGCGUGCGGCGCGUGCGGUACACCGGGAGCUGAGCGGCGCGCAGGCUGCUGCAGUGCGUGCUGCUGUUGCGGCGCUGGAGGCGGAGGCUGUAGCCCGCGGUGAGGGGUGCGGGUACCGCUUUCAGGUGACGCCGUGCGAGGUGGAGAUGCUGUGCAUGGAGCAGGACACGCUGGACGGUUUCUUGUCGCAGCUCGCCGCUCUGGUGCGUGGGGUGCUGACGGUGUGA